UCUUCCCCAAACUGCAGACACAAAGCUGGAAGCAGAUAACUGUGUAAAGUGUCUUUGUGCUGCACCAUCAACAUCACCCCUCAUUGGAACUAAGAGCUCAAACCCUGAUAAACAGCCCCAGCCCAUCAUCCCUCCUCCACCAAACUUUGCUGUUGGCAAUAUGCAUUCCAUGUUCGUCAUGGUGUUUGGAAAGACCUUAAAUUCUCACAAAACCUUCCUGGAUCAUCUCAUGGUUUCAUCCAGUUUCUCUAAAGUGACCUCUGUGGAUGACAGUGAUGUCAUCAUUGCUUUUGUCUCCAUCGCGUCUCGAGCUGGGACUGACAUUGAAGCCGCUCUUCAUGGAAUUCCACAAACCCGCCCUGUUGUUCUAGUGGUGCUCCACCACACUUGUGAUCCAUAUGCUGUUACUCCAGACAGCAGACUGAGUGUUAAAAGGGGGCGUGUGUUCACUGUGGACUGUCUGUUCAACGAAGACCUAGGACUGCUCAGGUGCAUGCGCAAUGACGAGGCACUGAAAGCAGUAAAACAGCAUCUGCACAGAGAAAGACCAUUCCCUUAUGACCCUGAAUGCCACGAGUGGGAGAAUACUCAUUUUAGAGAAAGACCGCCAUCUGCUGGUCAGCAGUUUCCCGCUUGGAUAGAGGUUGCUCUCUUUCAAUUGGAGACAUGCCUUCCGGAGCGGGUUUGCAAAAUAAUUUCCUGGACAUCUGUCUUGGUGAGCAUCAUCCUGAUUUGCAGCCUCACCACUCCGGAGUACAUUCACGCCGCCUGGUUUAUUCCUUGGAUGCUCCUUCUCUUGGUGAUUCUCCUAGAGAGGCGUGGCUAUGGAAAGUGGAAUCCCUUGAUUAUUGUUAUUGUGAACAUGGUAGUGAUUCUACUCUCUCUCACUGUCACUAAGAACCAAAAAAGCCAAGGUCCCCCAACUUUUAACCGGUCUAGUGUUUAAAAGAGAGAAGCUGAUUGUAUUGCUUUGCUUGCUGAUGACGGGGCAUAAUUCUGUGACUGAAAGUGUCGUUGAAACAUAAAUGUGUUUUAAAAAACUGCAUAAUUAAGUUGUCUGCAUCUGCUCUGUAGCAGCGUUUAAAACCUCAGCAGUUAAAAAAGGAGAAACUGACUGUAUUAUGUUGUUUGUUGAUGACCUCACAUAAACUUGAGACUGAAAAUCUUGAAAAUUGAAAAUAAAAAUAAAAAUUUGUAGUAAAGAAAAACAUGACUGCAUGAUUAAUAAUCAAUAUCCAUUUACUGACAUCCUUACAUGCUUUUGCACUGAUUAACAUAAAGACAGUUACUGUGUGAAGAUGAAAGGUAAAUUAGACUGUGUGCUGGAUCAGUGGUGCCUGGAUUUGUAUUGAAAUAUAUGAAAAUAAACUUUAUUGCAAAUGAA